AUGUCAGAUACCACCACUAAUCCCGCCCAGGGAGACAUGGCCAAGCAGGAAGAGGACUCGCGUAAGGUCAAUUUAGUGUCCAUGGAUGGCGACAGCUUUGAAGUCUCUCGUAGCGUCGCCGCCAUGAGUGAGUUGGUCAAGACGCUCAUAUCCGAUGAUGCCGACGACGAGGAAGUUCAGGAGAUCCCUCUGCCUAAUGUCAAGAGCCCUGUUUUGUCCAAGGUGAUUGAGUUUUGUAGCCAUCAUCACAACAAUCCCAUGCGUGAGAUUGAGAAGCCACUUAAAAGCGCCGAUAUGCACGACGUUGUGUCGGAUUGGGACGCUAAUUUCGUAGACAUUGAGCAGGAGAUCCUGUUUGAACUCAUCUUGGCUGCCAAUUACAUGGACAUUAAGAGUCUCUUGGAUCUCGCCUGUGCCAAAGUGGCGAGUAUGAUUAAGGGCAAGACACCGCAGGAGAUUCGGGAGGCAUUUAACAUUGUUAAUGACUUUACGCCUGAGGAAGAGGCGCAGAUUCGGGAGGAGAACAAGUGGUGCGAAGAAGCGUAA